GCCUCGUCCAUGCAUGACAUGCACGACAGUCCUAUUUUUGUUUUUGGACUUUGCGCGCUUCCAGUUUCUCAGAACGAGCCAAACGCGUCAUUGCCACCAAAACCUUCCAAUGUCGACCAUUGAGCGCUGGUUCUUUGGCGUGCCAAUCGUCACCCGCUGUUACAUUACGGCAUGCGUGUUAUCGGCCUUGGCAGUGCAACUACGAGUCGUCAACCUGCUCCAGCUGCUCUUCCGCUUUGACUUGAUCUUUUACCAGCACGAGUAUUGGAGGCUGAUUACACACCUGUGCUUCUUCGGAGGGCUACAAGUGGGAUUCUUCUUCCACAUGUUCUUUGUGUACCACUACUCACGCAGCUUGGAGGAAGAGCUCUUCCACCGCAGGUCGGGUGACUUUUUCUACAUGAUCACCAUCGGCGUCGUUCUGCUCAAUAUCAUUGCAUCCUUCCUGCAGCUGUACACCUCAUUCGAGAGCUACUUUCUCGGGUCCGCCCUCACAUUUAUGCUUGUUUACGUGUGGUCCAAGCACAAGGGCAGCACGCGCAUGUUCUUCCUGGGCUUGUUCUCGUUCCGAGCGCCAUUUUUGCCCUGGAUUCUGCUGGGCUUCUCGCUGAUCACGUCGCCAGAAUCUACCGCCGCCGAUAUCAUUGGCAUCGCCAUUGGACACAUUUACUACUUUUUGCACGACGUUGUGCCUCUCGAGUUUGGCGCGCAUCCACUCAAAACCCCUCGCUUCUUCACUUGGUUGUUUGAGACACGACCAGUCGUACCGACCGUCCCCGAAGGCGCCGCUGCCCAAGUCCCUCAACCUGGCGGGUUUGAGUGGGGUGCAGCUGAACCCGUCGGCAAUGUGCAGAUUCGACGGGUGGCCGAGGACGAGGAUAAUGCGGCUGCCAUGUAAACAUUACCAACUAUAUAAUAACUGUCCUCUGACACUG